AUGGAAGUGGAGAGGUUAAAGAAUGGAAUAUUCAAGACAACAGAAAUCAAAGAACAGCACAGUUACACACAUAAAAAGAGAAGAAGCACAGUAAAAUUAGACGCCUUUAUAAUAUUCCUGGUAUCAUUCCUUAUUCGAUCAAUUAGGAUAGAAAAAGCACCGUUUGUUAUAUGGGAUGAAGCACAUUUCGGUAAGUUCGCUAAUUAUUACUUAAACAGACAGUUCUUCUUUGACGUACACCCACCACUUGGUAAAUUACUCACUGCACUCAGUGCAUGGAUCAUGAACAUAAACAAAUCCUUCAUUUUCGCAAGUGAGGACGUAUACCCAGAAAGUGUAGAUUAUGUGGGUAUGCGUAUAUUCCACUGCUUAUUCGGAUCAGCAGUCCCAGUGUGUGGAUAUAUCAUACUAAGAACACUCCUCAUAAAAAGAGAAAUAGCCGCAUGCAUCUCAGUCGGACUCAUAUUCGAGAAUGCACUCGUGUGUACAUCCAGAUAUAUCUUAUUAGACCCAUUCUUACUCCUUUUCAUAUGCUUAUCAGAAGUAUUCCUGGCCAGACUCCUCAUGCAUAAUAAUAGGCUGGAAUAUAUAAGUACAGAUUUAGUCUGCCUGGGUAUAUCAAUAGGAUGUGCAAUGAGUGUUAAAUGGGUCGGGUUAUUAACUGUAACCCACGUGGGCAUAUACGCCAUAUACAUUCUACUACAGGACAUAUACAAUAAAAGGGUUAAAGUACUCCUUAUGUUCAUAAGACUAGCAAUUACACUUAUCCUGGUACCAGUCACAGUGUACAUGCUCUGCUUCUACAUACACUUCAGUAUACUGAAUAAAUCAGGACCAGGUGAUGGUGAGAUGAGCAGCAGGUUUCAGUUGUACUUAUACAAUAAUGAAGUAUUAAAUAACGAUAAGGUUGCCAUGUACGGUAAUAAAGUGACCAUCCGUAAUUAUAAAUUAGGCACCGGGUUAUUACACUCACACAUGAACAGGUACCCAUCAGGUGGUCAGCAAGUGACCGUAUACCCACAUAAGGAUAAUAAUAAUAUUUGGAGGAUCUUAAAGGUGGGUGAUAAUGCAGAGAAUGUUCAUCCGUAUGAAGAUUUAGUAUUCCACCAUCCAGAGACUGACACGUACUUAUCGGUGACUGAUACUGACCACAGGACAAUUCGGGAUACUGAAAUUAUCCCUGGUGAGUAUAACGUACUUGGGGCCAGUAAGAAAGUUAUUUCCAUGGCACAGGAUGAGAUGAACAAUAGUAUUUUAUCGAAUACUGUGUUUAAAAUUGAGCCAAUUAAUACAGAUACGGUAGAACCGUUAAAUACGUUUUUUUAUGUAAAAAAUAUUCAGUAUAACUGUUAUUUGUCCUAUUCGGGAAAUAAAUUACCCAAAUGGGGUUAUCAACAAGGAGAAAUAAUUUGCACACCUGAAAUAAAAAAUGGAUCUGUGUGGAAUAUUGAACUAAACCAGUCAGAUACAACGGAAAAGUCAAAUAUUCCACCAAAGCAGAUGAAUAUUAUUGACUUUAUAAGGAGCACAGUGGAAUUGAACCUUUCCAUGAACACUGCCAAUAAUGACUUAACAGAUGAUGGCAGUGACACAAUGGGGACACUUCCAAUCCAAUGGUUAUUCCCUAAGAAAUGGCUUAAAUUCAACAGGUGGGAUGGGGUUGUGCCUAGGUUUGCCAUGCUUGGUAAUGUGGUUACGUGGUAUACGGGGGUAUUCAGUAUAUUUAGUGUUUUAGUCUAUUUUAUAUACGGAAUAAAAAAGACUCGAAAAUCGGUUAGUAAGUAUAAUACAAAGAGGAUGGGUCGGGUGUACAUCUUACUUGGUGGGUGGUUAUUCCAUUAUGUUCCAUUCUUAUUUGUUAAGAGGAUUCUGUACUUACACCAUUACUUACCUUGUUUAUUCUUUAGUAUACUCUCAAUUGGGACGUUAUUUGAAGGGAGGCCGUUUAUUGCGUAUGCUUAUACUGGGUGUGUUAUAUCUUGUUUCUUGUACUUUUCAUCGAUAACGUAUGGUUAUACAGGGGAGAUUGAGGACAUGCCUGGGUAUGAGUUAUUACGUGAGAAAUGGAAUAUUUACAAGGGGUAAGCUUAUACGGAUAAUAAUACUCUGAGACUUGAAUUUAUAGCACAUUGUGUAAAAUAAUUCAUAAUUUUAUA